CACACACACAAACACAUACACACUGACACACACAUGGAGCAGCAGGAGCUGGUGGCGGCGCUGCGGCGGGUGGUGGCGGACGGCGGCUGGCAGCGGGUCGGCAGGACGGCGGACUUCCAGUCGACAUGCACAAAGCUGUUCUCGGAGGACGGGCAGCACCUGGUCCUGAUCCGCACCGGGGAGGACUCCUUCCGGGCCAUGGACUCCUCCUGCCCGCACGAAGGUGGGCCCCUGGAGCUGGGAGACAUCGAGGACCUGGGCGACGGGAGGCUGGUGCUGCUCUGCCCCUGGCAUCACUUUGACUUCUGUGUGCAGACCGGCAGCUCGUCCACCGGCCUGCAGAACCAGGUGUACGAGGUGCGAGUGGUGCAGGGCGACGUGUACGUCAACACCCCCAACCAGCUGUCACUCAGCCCCGACGCCGAGCCCGACACGGCGGGUCCAGGCGAAUCGUCUCCAGACGUGGCCGAGAUUUGUCCCUCUGAAGACACGCUGAGCUUCUGGGCCACCAAGAUCCUCCGCACGCCGGAUCCCACAGAGAAGGUGAGGCUGACGCUGGAGGUCCAGGACAAGUGGAGGUCGGGGCAGAUAAAGGAGGUGGGCCGAGCCGCUCCUCCUGCGCAGCCCAGCAGGAGAGACGACCUGACCGUCCUGCAGCCCGGACGGAUCAAACGAGGCAAAGGAGGCACGCAGGCCAGCCGGGUGGCGCUGCUGCACUCCCUGGCGAACAUCGAGCAGUGGGCCAUCGAUCUGUCCUGGGACGUCAUCGCCCGCUUCUCCGGCUUCAGCCUGAGCAGCGGCGAGCCUCUGCCGCGACAGUUCUUCAGCGACUUUGUCAAAGUGGCCGGAGACGAAGCCAAGCAUUACGACCUGCUGGAGAGACGCAUCACAGAGCUGGGCAGCUUCUUCGGGGCGCUGCCCGUCCACAACGGACUGUGGCAGUCGGCCACCGACACGUCACAUGACCUCCUGGCCCGGCUCGCCAUCGUGCACAUGGUGCAUGAAGCCAGGGGUCUGGACGUGCACCCUCAGACUCUGUCCCGCUUCGCUGCGCAGGGCGACCGGGACUCGGUGGAGGUUCUGGAGAUCAUCUACAGGGACGAGAUCACUCACGUGGCGGCCGGACUGCGCUGGUUCACCCACAUCUGCUCCCAGGAGGGCCGGGACUGCCUGUCGACCUUCCACGAGCUGGUCAAGCAGCAUUUCAAAGGCUACCUGAAGCCGCCGUUCAACACCGAGGGCAGGAGGACGGCCGGCAUGACGGAGGAGUGGUACGUUCCUCUGGUCAAGCCGUCCAGCUGACAGCGGCACUGAGAAGAACAGGAAAACCUCCCAAGAAGGAAAACACACACUUUUUUUAAAACCCUGAUGCAUCUUUUCCGCCUUUCUUUCUGUCAGUAACUUGAAUGUUUCAUCACAGUUUGGUCUAAAGACUCUACACGUCUUCUGGUGCAUUCACAUGCCUGUGAGAAGCUCCGACAUCCACCCGGUGGUUCUCCUCGUGCAGCAGAUAAUCCUCUGACCUGUGAGCUGCCUGGUUUUCAUAAUCAGGGUUAGGGAUUAAGAGAAAGCCGGUUAGCACAGGUAGAUUUCUGCUGGAGAAACCCGACCGCUGCACAUCGUUUAACCAGAAACCCCUCGUGGAUUUACUGCUGAACAUCCAUGACAACGUGAGGGACGUAUGGAAACGUGCGGGCAGUGACAGUUACAUCGUUUGAGUCAUUUUAAUACACAAAAGGAGCAGGAAUGAGGCUUUCCUCGCCUCUCUGAAGGGCUUCUUCCUGGUGAGCAUGAGCAGGAAACGAGCGGAGGGGCGGAGCUCAGCCGUGGCGUCGCUGUCGCCAUGGUAACAGUCCAGGAGACAUUGAUUGGUGAACACGUGUAAACCAGUUAACACACUGACACGUCACGAGUAAUCAGAGUAAGACGUCACAUGUAAACAUGUUACCCGACUUCCUGCCGGUGAUUCACCAUAAUGUGGUUUCUGGUUGCCAUGGAAACGUAAGAGUGAACAGGAGGGUGUGGACACAACUUCAUCUUGUUGAAAAAAAAAAUUCAAUAUUUUUUAACCAUUAAAAUAAUGUUUUCCCAUGGCAUGUGGAUGCACCAGUUCACUCUGUUCAAAGGUUUUUUUUUUUUUUUUAAUUUUUUUUUAUUAAAUCAUAUUUAUGGACACUGGUGAUGAAGAAACGUCUGUCAGAAGAAAUGCUUCAUGAACUCUGAGGUGCCUCCUACAAGGUGGAGGAAAACUGUGGAAAUGUUUGUGGAAAUAAAGCGCAUUUUUAAUAUCCU